AUGUAUCGAUCAAGGAACGAAACUGCCUCUCGGAAUCUUUUCCUGCAUAAUAAUUCCUUCGGUGUAGAUGGUGAACGGCCGGAGGUAUCCCCAAACUUGGCUAGUCUCUCACCGACGUCUCCAGGCAUCAUCACACCAAGACGCAUCGUGCGAACCGUGAAAACAUCUCCGCCUGUCACGCAACUCGUGCAGUUGGACGGUGUCCCGCCCCCACCACGUCCCUUAUCGCACGUCUCGAGUGGGAGUGAAGUGAGCGAAGAUGUGGUGGAUGAUGUGAGUGAGGCGGUGAGUUUAACUUGUGAGUCCGAUGGGAGACUCGUGCAAUUGGCCCCUAGUUUAAGUGUGCGGGAUAAUACAACCCCUUCCUUUUGUGUGGGUACCGCUAAGACCGCCACACCAAGUUUAGCCCGAAUGACGGCUGGUGGAGAAUCCAUAUUGUCCAUGUCUUUUCAUUCUUUGGGCACCUCAGAGGAGACUUCCUCCUCCUCCUCCGCCGCCGCCGGCUCUUCAGGGGAGUUUACAGAGACCUCUGAUGUAGAGAGUGUGCAUAGUUGUAGUCUGUCUUGUGGGAUGGAGGUAAGGCAAAGGGCCUCAAGUACGAGUCGUCAUAUUUCAGUACCCGCUAUGAAUAGCAGUAUCGCAAAAGAUAGUCCAGCGAGGGGAUCAGAAGUGAGUGGUAAACGACAUCUCACAAGUCGUUGUGCCUCCAGCGUUACGGAUGUGAUGCAGCGGAAAAAGAUUGUGAAUGUACGGCGAGAAGAGCGAAUAGGCCGUGGUAGUUAUGGUGAUGUAUUCCGUGGUGUGGAUUUAGAUACAGGACUUUGUCUUGCCAUAAAAGAGAUUGUAGUAACGGCGGAUAUAACUAAAAAUGUGGAAUUACAACUUCGUGCAUUGGAAAGGGAAAUACGUGUAAUGCGGAAGUUAAAUAAUGAACAUAUUAUUAGUUAUUACUCUGCUAGACGUGACGAAGCAUCUAGUACAUUGUUGAUAUAUAUGGAAUAUAUUAGUGGUGGUACAGUUGCCCAAAAACUUAAAAAGAAAGGUCCUUUUAGUGAAGAUGAGACUCGACAUUACACUCGUCAACUUUUACAAGGUUUAGAUUACCUUCAUCAACGACAUAUUGUUCAUCGUGACCUUAAAGGUGAUAAUUUAUUUCUAACAGAGAAUGAUGUGCUUAAAGUAGGUGAUUUUGGUACGAGCAAAGAAUUAAAAACAACACUUAUAACAGAUAGUGUUGCUGGUACUCCAAAUUUCAUGGCCCCAGAAGUCAUUGCUUGUAGUGGUCACAGUUGUAUGGCGGAUAUAUGGUCUGUAGGAUGCUGUGUAUUGGAAAUGUUAACAGGACAUCCACCUUUUUGGAAUCUAGAUAACCAUAUGGCAGUAAUGUUUGCCAUUAUGAAAGGUAAAUUGGAAGAACAAGUUCCAUCACACAUAUCUGAAGAGGCUAAAGACUUUAUUAGACACUGUACAUGUAGUGAUCCAACACAUCGACCGGCCGCGCGAGAACUACUAGAGCACCCGUGGCUUAUUACUCUAGAGGAGAAGAAGAAGAGGGAAUCUACAGUCAGUCCCACACAAUCCUGUCUCUCUUUGAUGAGUUUAGAUACAACAGGAAAGGAUGGGGAUAAGAACGAGAAUGAAGAAACAUCCUCAGACUCAUCUACACCACCUAAUGAUGUUUUUCAAAGUAGUUUAGCAGCAGUGUUGGCAAUUAUCCCUGAGCGGAGUAAUGAUAUUGUGGGUAAAGGACCAUCACCAUCACCACCACAACCACCAACGGAGAUUCACCAGGGAACGAAACAGGAGUCUAAAAGACAAACAUCUAUGCAAAUGGCAUCACAUGCACCCAUGACAGGGAAAAAAAACUCCACCCAACAAAGCAACAAGGAUGGAUUACAUCGAAGUUCAACAGGGAGACAACAUUCCAUUGGAAAUACCAACGACAACGGUACGAGCCAGAAUAAGAAAAUCGCAAAAAACUCAUCGACUGAACGAAGUGAUACGAAGGGUAAUAGUGCAGUGACAAGGCGGAGCACAACAUCAAUAUCAAUAUCAACAACAAAACCAACAAGUAAAGGAGUAUCAGCAACAGCAACAACAACAACAACGAAAAAAAAGCCUUAG